AUGUCAUUUAUAAAAGUAUCAAUAAAAACUAACGGAAUUGAAAUAACAAAUGAUGAAUUUGAAUAUGAUAAUAUAAUUUAGUUAAUGGAUGGAUUAAAGAAAGCUAAUGAAGUAAUUCAAAAUAAGAUGACAGAAACAAGUAUGAUAAAUUAAAUUUUAAAAUAGUUGAUAAUUUAGGAGCUUAAGGUGUAAAGAAAGUCAAGAAAAAUGAAGAAGAAGAUGAUGAUAUUUAAGAUAAUGAAUGA